AUGGAUCCAGGACGAUCAUCCCAUCCCGCCCAAGCCCCCGCUUCCACCCUUUUCGCACCUACCAUGCAAUCCCUCGCUCCCUCUGCCAAUCUAACCAGUGCAGUAUCACCACCAAACCUUCUCAACAUGUCCUCAAAACCAGCCUCCCAGGCCUUCACUGCCCCAUUGCAAUCUACCUCCGCCGCCGCACCCGCUAUCUCCCAAAGUCAACCCCUCACCCAGGCCAUGAACACCUCCAGUGCCUCGGGUUUCCCAGUUGCAUCACAGGCUACAAAUUCCGACGCAAUCCCACGAUCGGAAACCAUGCCUGCCGCCCAGUCUGCCGCAGACCUCUACCCUCAUCAAGUCGACGGCCGCGGAGGUCCCACCGCGACCGCCCCAUUCUUGCAGGAUUUUAAUCUUGUAGCUGAGGCGGUUAAGCGAGCCCAGAUGGGGAUUGUCAUGCGCGAUUUGGAGAGCGUGACCUUAUAA